AUGUAUGACGACUCAUCCUGUCCUGGGUCUUGGCAUUACUUGGAUAACUCAUGCUACAGGAUCACUGAUACGACAUUUACCUGGGCAGAUGCGAGAGAUGAGUGUAGACAGCUGGGCGGUGUUCUAGGUGUACCAAGCUCUGAUCAAGAAAACGAGUUUGUACGGCAAUUGAUUCCAACUGGUGGAACAGUAUGGCUCGACUGUAACGAUAUAGACGUGGAGGGGAACUGGAAGUGCAGAGAGGGUAACGUGGAAGUUGCUUACAGAAACUGGUAUUUUUCACAACCGGAUAACCUGGACAGAGAUGAAGAUUGUGGAGUCCUGUCUAAGAAGUGGGAAAGUAUGCACCAAUGGCAUGAUUUGAGUUGCAGCAGCACAGAAAGAGCUAUUUGCAAAAUGGCUGGCAGACCAGUCCUUCACGUGUGA